AUGUUGCCUGCGAGUACGCAGUCGGUGCAAAUCUUGGACAAAGCAGUGAACGGAUAUGCUCCACUUCUCAACCGGACCUCCGGCAGAUUUACCGAUAUCAUCUACGAAUCGGUAGGUAGCAGUGAUCGGAGUUGGUGGCCUGUAGCGGUGCACUUGCAGCGUGCCUUGAUCUUUGGCAUCGCAACGCUGGAGCCUCGUAGUGCUUACCACCAAAGUGCGACCCUACGCUCGACAAUGGAACUCGUCCUGUCAACCUGGAUCGAGAGUGAUGUUGACAACGUUCCUGCUUUUCACAACUCCAACUGGUGGUGGGAAGAGAUCGGACUACCUCGUGCCGUCGGUAAAUGCUUGGUGCUGUUGAGCUCCUGGCAAAACGUGAGCGGCUUGAAAGAGUGGGUGGACAAAUCAGCACCCAUACUAGCAAGAGCUCACUACACCAGCCAAGGGGAAGGCACAGCUGCCAACCAGGUUUGGCGUGCAUCCGCACACUCGCUCUGGGCACUGGUUAGCGGCAACACGACUAUGCUGAGAGAAGCAUACGACGUUAUGCAGGCGGCAGUCGUAGUCCACGAUCAUGGCAGCAGAGAGGACGGAAUACAGCAUGACUUCAGCUUCCACCAGCACGGAGCACAGCUGUACACGGGAUGGGGAUAUGGUGCCAUCUUCACCACCACUGUUCUGGACAUGGACCAGGUGGCACACAACACUACCUAUCAGAUGAGCGACGUGAAAAUGGACAUCUUCUCCGAGUAUGUGCUGCACGGCCAGCUACUGACCACGCGGGGUGCUAACUUUGACUACACCGCAUGCGGACGACUAAUGACAUACUUCAGCGAUCACGAUCAGUACGGACUCAACUCUGGCCACUACCACUACUUUGCUGCAUUCACGCCGUACGAGAACGCCUUCCCCGAGUUCCGCUCCCCAUUCAAUACGCCCUUAGCAGUGGACUUCCAGAACCUGCUACCAUCUGUAACAGCUCGCAAUCAGAGCAUCCUUGAUCAGUUCGUUGCGUUUCAGCAGAGACUGAACGGGAACCCGGAGAUGGACAGUCUCUCCGUUCACAAGCACUUCUACACGUCUGACUACAGUGUUCACCAUCGUCCUGGUUGGGCAGUGACGGUGCGUAUGUACUCCACGCGCACUCUGAACACGGAAUGCGGCAACGACGAGGGCAAGCAGGGCAAGACCGUAGCCGAUGGCGUUACCAAUGUUUACGUGAACGGCAGCGAGUACGAAAACACCUACCCUGCUUGGAAUUGGAGCCUGGUACCCGGUACAACAGAACACCAUCGGGGAUUUCCCUUCACCUGCUCAGAAGCAACAAAAGUUAACCAUACCGAAUUUGUUGGAGGAACGUCCGAUGACACCCUAGGUGUGUCCUGUAUGAACUUCAGCCGAUCUGGAAUCAGUGUUCAUAAAGCGUGGGCAUUUGCCGAUGAGUUUGUGCUUCACAUGGGCAGUGGUAGUAUCAUUUUUACGGAGCACUAUAGCAUUGCGACCAGCUUGGACCAGAAAGAGCUCCGUUCCAAUGUCAGUGUGGGCAUAGCAAGCGGUCACCAGGACGUCAUCACAUUAUCAAGAGGCGAUCACAUUCUUGAAAAUGUCGCUUGGAUUCACCAUAACGAUGUCCUGUAUAUCACACAGGACAAUUCCAAAACUUCCGACUGCAAUGUCAUAGGCAAAGGUUGCGUCAGUGAAGGCGCCACAGUGGGCAUAUUCAACACCCAAAGAAAUGGAACCUGGGCAGAUAUAACACAGGGCAGCAAUGCCACUCUAAUGGUGGAUAUGUUUGGUGUAUUCUACCCGCAACUGCCCGCAGACAGCACUGACCCAUUCCAGUACAUGUAUACAGUAAUGCCUAACACCAAGUUAGCAGAGGUUCCUACACGUCUACAAACACUAGCAUCUACACUUCUCCAGGUCACCAAUACAAGAGAUAUCCAGUCAGCAUGCAUGAAAACGGAUGACGGCUUCUCCCUACAGGCAGUCUUCUGGAACCACACGGGAGGAACAACAUCUGCUGGAGAUCUUUGUUGGCAGCUAAGCAGUUCUAUGCCAUGUAUAGCUAUGCUGAACACACGCAUCACACACAGGUCAGCCAUGCUGCCUCAGAGUACAUUUGCAACCUUUAGUGUGUCUAACCCGUUGCAGUCACAUGCCAGUGAAGCUGAUGCUGAUGAUGAUUCUCGUAUCAUCAAGCUCACCAUCACUGGUGUUGCUCUUCAAGGACCCAACUGCACACAUUCCGCUCGCUCACACUUGGACGAUGGGAGGAGUAACCGUGCUCCUGCAGCAGCACCAGCAGAAGUGCUGGAUCCAGUCAGCACUGUUCUUAUUGAUACAUCCAGCGAUACCAUCAACACUAUCGGACAAACACACUCCGUUACAUGUGAGGUUGUGCCAUCAUGA